ACACUUACACACCAAUAAAUUGUGUUAUCUGUUAUCAAGGUCAUUCUAGAGCUGUUUUUAAAAAAAGAGCACACAUUGUGCAUCCCAAAAUUGUGACAACUCCUAGUUUAAACUCAACAGCCAUGGCAAUUUGGUUGUCCAAGGGCCUUUUUGGGUGGGGCUUGAAGCAGCAAACCAUUGCUACUGCCAUUUUCUACAUCAGUUUAUCCCUGAUCAGCCUUGUUAUGGGCUUUGUGGUAGUCUCUUCACCCGAAUCCUUCAUUUCCGAUGACGAUAAACCGUUGCAAGUUCUUGCUCGAGAGGAAGACGAUCAAUUGGCCCAAGAGUAUUGGUACUUCAAAUUAAAUCUCACCGAGGACGCAUUUUCACACGUGGAAAAUCGAUCACGCGAAAGGCAUCAUUUUCAAACCCUUCGAAUGCAUCUGAUCAACGAAGGAAUUGAAAUGGUUUUGGGCAGCCUCAUCACGAUCGUUGUGUCAGGAUUGGUUAUCUACGGGAUCAAAAAGUCACAAAGCGCUUGGUUGCUGCCAUGGUUGGUGAUUCAAAUUUCUGAACUAGUAAUAGGAAUGGGCAUGUUCCUAGUGUACAUCAUGUCCGGCGUAAACUUCUCUGUGGUUGGCACAUUAAGCGUGCUAAUUAUCUUCGCGAUGAGUGCUUAUUUGACCUAUGCGACCAUGUCCUAUUAUAUCUUGAUGAGGACAUUGGACAAGCACUCGAAUAAUAUCAUCAGUAGCGUUAUGGACGUUGAAAGUUACGGCAUUGGCAGCAGUGUGAACUAUGAGCAGCUGUCUCGUGGUGUGAGUGAAUCGGUCUCACCGGAUGUGACACGCACCCCAAAUCCCAUGGCCAGUCGGGCGGGAGCGAACCAAAGCACUUUCAGAAACGAGGAUCUUCCAUACUUCAGUAUUUAA